AUAAAUAAAUCCUCCCCCUUCUCCACAAAACAAAAUUAGGGUUUUCAACCUCAACCUCGAGAACCUUCGAUUCCCGACCCCCAAACCCUAAUCCCCUCCAUAAAUACCCCGCCUCCGUCAAUCUCCCCCAAAUCCCGAACCCUAGAAUCCCCCGAAACCCUAACCUCCCAAUGUCAACAGAGCGCAAGCGAAAGGUAAGCCUCUUCGACGUCGUCGACGAGACCUCGGUCUCCGCCAAGAUCGCCAAAACCAACGGCUCCAAUUUCUCCGGCAAGGUCUCGUACCCGGCAUCGAUAAACCGAUGGAGCGGCCGCCCGUACUCCGCUCGGUACUUCGAGAUCCUCGAGAAGAGGAGGACGCUGCCGGUUUGGCAGCAGAAAGAGGAGUUCUUGCAGGUUGUCAGGAAGAAUCAGACCCUUGUUCUUGUUGGUGAGACUGGUAGUGGAAAGACCACGCAGAUUCCCCAAUUUGUUUUGGAAUUAGAGGACUUAGGUAAACGUCCAAUGGUUGCUUGUACUCAGCCAAGGAGAGUCGCUACAAUGUCGGGUUCUCAUCGUGUAGCUGAGGAGAUGGAUGUCACAAUAGGGGAAGAAGUCGGGUAUAGCAUCCGUUUUGAGGAUUGCAGUAGCAACAAAACAAUUCUCAAGUACCUAACUGAUGGUAUGCUCUUAAGAGAGGCUAUGGCUGACCCACUUCUUGAGAGAUACAAGGUUAUAAUACUUGAUGAAGCUCACGAGCGAACCUUAGCAACAGAUGUCCUGUUUGGGCUUCUGAAAGAGGUUUUGAGAAAUAGGCCUGAUAUGAAGUUAAUUGUGAUGAGUGCUACCCUUGAGGCUGAGAAAUUUCAGGGAUACUUCAAUGGGGCACCAUUGAUGAAGGUGCCUGGAAGGCUGCACCCUGUGGAAAUUUUCUAUACCCAAGAUCCAGAGAGAGAUUACUUGGAAGCUGCCAUCCGGACAGUUGUACAAAUACACAUGUGUGAGCCUCCAGGUGAUAUACUUGUUUUUCUUACUGGUGAGGAAGAGAUAGAAGAUGCAUGCAAGAAGAUCACGAAGGAAAUCAAUAAUUUGGGAGAUCAAGUUGGUCCCGUAAAAGUAGUUCCGUUGUACUCUACAUUGCCUCCAGCAAUGCAGCAGAAAAUUUUUGACUCUGCCCCUCUUCCAUUAAAAGAGGGUGGCCCUCCUGGGAGAAAGAUUGUGGCUUCAACCAAUAUUGCAGAAACUUCACUUACAAUUGAUGGAAUAGUAUAUGUUAUUGAUCCCGGGUUCUCUAAGCAAAAGGUUUAUAACCCAAGGAUUCGUGUGGAAUCUUUACUGGUGUCUCCUAUAUCAAAGGCAAGUGCGCACCAGAGGUCAGGUCGUGCUGGUAGAACACAACCUGGAAAAUGCUUUAGACUUUACACAGAGAGGAGUUUCAAUAAUGAUCUGCAACCACAGACAUAUCCUGAGAUUCUUCGGUCUAAUUUGGCAAAUACUGUUCUUACAUUGAAGAAACUUGGCAUCGAUGAUCUUGUCCAUUUUGACUUCAUGGAUCCUCCAGCACCUGAGACUUUGAUGCGUGCUUUGGAGGUCUUGAACUACCUGGGGGCACUGGAUGAUGAAGGAAACUUGACCAAGUUGGGUGAGAUUAUGAGUGAGUUUCCUCUCGACCCGCAGAUGGCAAAAAUGCUCGUUGUCAGUCCGGAUUUCAAUUGCUCCAAUGAGAUCCUUUCCAUAUCUGCAAUGCUCUCAGUACCCAAUUGCUUUCUCAGGCCUAGGGAAGCUCAGAAAGCUGCAGACGAAGCUAAAGCUCGAUUUGGCCACAUUGAUGGGGAUCACCUCACACUUCUCAACGUCUACCAUGCGUACAAGCAAAACAAUGAAGAUCCUAAUUGGUGUUAUGAGAAUUUCAUCAACCAAAGGACAAUGAAGGCCGCUGAUAAUGUGAGAGGACAACUAGUCAGGAUCAUGGCCAGAUUCAACCUCAAGCUAUGCAGCACAGACUUCAAUAGUCGAGACUAUUAUAUCAACAUCAGAAAGGCUAUGUUGUCAGGAUACUUCAUGCAGGUAGCUCAUCUUGAAAGAACCGGACACUACUUGACAGUAAAAGAUAACCAGGUGGUUCAUCUCCAUCCUUCAAACUGCCUUGAUCAUAAGCCUGAGUGGGUCAUCUACAAUGAAUACGUGUUGACAAGCAGAAACUUCAUUCGCACGGUGACAGACAUCCGUGGAGAGUGGUUGAUUGACAUUGCCCCACACUACUAUGAUCUGAGCAAUUUCCCAUCAUGCGAAGCAAAGAGAGUCCUCGAAAGGCUUUACAAUAAACGAGAGAGGGAGAAGGGCGAAAGCAAGAGCAGGAGCCGGGCAUAGUUACAAUCCAGUGCUCGAGAUAUAUAUAUUAUAAUUAAACCAAACUGAGAGCGUUUGAACCACAAACUGAGUCUCAACAGUUUUUGCAGUUUACCUGCAAUAUUUUUUCUAGUGUUCUGCAUUCAGGCGAUCAUUUGGAAUUUAGAGAGCGGUCAGAAUGGCUCAUCUUCAACGAACAGCCUUAUUCCCAUUUCUAAUUUACCGCUAUUUUUGGCUUUUUGUUAAGUCAUCUAAGAAUUUAACCGGAUACUUGUAGUUUAUGAUUAUGACUAGGGGUGCACUCGGUCCGGAUACGGCUCGGACAUGAUGUCUAUCAUAUCUAUAUCCGCUUACUCA